AAAACAUCUGCUGGGACUGAGAAUAUAAAUGGUGAACUUAAACCAAAAACUAGACGAAGAUGGGGACAUCUUGUUAGAACAGUGAAGAGUUCUGAAGACUGGGAUGACUUGGAAGACCUUGAUUUCAGCUCUUCCAUCACGAGGGUGGACUUGAAAAACAAGAAGAGGCAGAGUGAUGAAACUCUUUGUAGAUUUGAAAGCAUUUUGGACCUGAAGCCUUCAGAUGCUGUAGGCUCUGGCAGCAGUGCACCUUCCCAUCCGACCUUUCCACGGCAGGACACUCCCACAUUGCGAGUUUCUGCAGCAAAGCAACACUACUUGAGACAUUCUAGAUAUCUACCUGGAAUAAGCACAAGGAAUACCAUAGUCUCCACUUCCAGCAAAGAGUCUGUUCCGCCUAAUCCCUGGCCUGGUUCUGGUUUGCCUGGGAAAGCUGCUGGUUUGGGCGGAAGUGUUAACAGGAUGAAUUCAGGGCCCAUAGGAUCAAGCGGUCUAACUGGUGGUUAUAUCCCUUCAUUUCUGAAGAAGGAAGUAGGCUCUGCUGGGCAGAGGGUUCAGUUAGCACCAGUUGUAGAUCCAUCUUCCAAUUAUGCUUCUCUGAAGUCAGUAAGACCCCAUCUUGGACGGCCAUCGUUCAAUUCACCUACAAAAAGUACGCCAAGGUUGAUGCCUCUCCCACCACCAGCUCAGCCAAUCCACGGGCGUGUUGACUGGUCUGCAAAGUAUGGUGCUCACCGGUGACGUGUGGUAAUACUCUCUGAACCAGUGCGUGUUUCCCAUGAAAUGGUGGCUAACAGGAGACAAUUUGAUACUGUUUUAUAUACCUGUAAAUUUAAAAGAAACAGAUCUUCUAUGAACGAGACAUUUUGAAGGGUUUUUUUACUUUUAUUUGUAUUAAUUUGAAUGCAAUCUUGUACCUUUUU